AUGUCAAUGAAAGUGCGGUAUUACUGGACCGUUCCACUGCGCGAAGCACUAGCUGUAAGUGUCGAAAAACGGGAGAAAUUAUGGAAGAAAUUCCCAUGUGUGAGCCACGACGCGGAGUUGAGGGCGAAACUAUGGGCAGAAGUAGCCGACGAGCUCAACGAACAAUUCGGAGUCACUAUUGAUAGUAAGAAAAUUUCGCUAGUAUUUGCAAAUCCCUUCAAGGAAUUCCGGAUCAUUGCAGCCGAAGAUAUGAAGAAGACAUGGAAGAAUCUCAAAGAUAACUAUUGGAGGAUGAUGAAAACGUUCGAAAAUGAUCCAGAACGGGUGAAACGAUGGAGAUUUUUCAAGUUGAUGAAAUUCAUGGAAAGAGCUAAUAUUGACGAUUCGUCGUCUUCAAAUCUAGAAUUGCCGAACAAACCUUCUUCCCUUAUUCCGAUGGCCAAGAAUGAGAGUGUAUCUACUGCCCAAGCAGGUAAUGAAAAUCAAGAACUAUCACAACCUGGAAAAAAGGUUCGCCGUUCAAGAAAAGCCAGAACGAAGAAGAUGAAGAAAUCAGACCCCCUGCCAACGUCAACCACCCGACCUCGAAAUUUGAUCCAAGUUUGCAUCCCCGAGAUAGACUCUGUAAUACAAACAAAGCAAAGGCCCCAAAUAGGUGCCCAGAUUUACAGCGUCGCUGUUGAUGAUGUUGAGGAUAUUCUAACAACAGAACUAUUGAAAACAUGGGAUGAAGAUGUACUCCAAAAGGACGCCAUGUUAGCUGAACCAGUCAACCAGCGUAUCCAAAGUAGCGUCAUAUCCGUUGACGCCUUGAUCUACAUUUCUCAAAAUGUAAAUUACAUUUCCUGCGAGACUCGUCUUCUGAUUUCGAACUAUGCGGCCAAAUUGCGAGGCAUCUAUCAUCAAGCUGCUUUUUCACUCUUCCUAAAAGAAAAUAUGCCCUCCGGUCAACUACACACACUCCUUGAUGCUUUCGACGAUUUCGUCUACAAUAAGAAGCCGAAAGCAUCAAUCGUUUCAAAAGUAUAG